AUGAGCAUCACCAUGAACUCUAUUGUAGGACACAUUUGCCCUGUGGUUUGCUGAAUAUUGGUGAUCAUAUCACUUGUUUUCAUUCACUGACCGCAAGGCUAUUGAGUCCCACAAUAAAGUUGAUACUGAUGCUCAUCAUGGAAACUAGUUUCUGUCUGCAGAUACUGGUGAUACUAGUCAGGAGGAUAUGACCAUGUUGUCAGAAAACACAUCCAUUCUUCCUUCAAGGGACAUAAACGGAACAAGAGAUUCAGAUCUUCCAGCUUCUAAUUACCUUGAAUCAAUCGAAGCUAGCAUAAGUGAUGUUGCACAACCUCACAUUCAUUCUAGUUUCUGUGAAAAGGAGACCCAAGACAUGGCAAUGGAUGGGCGAGAUGCUGCCUCUGUUUAUGGGGAUUGUUGUAUUGACAAGGACAGGUCAGAAACAGAGGAAGCGGAGACUUUUCCUGAUGUGCAAACUACAGACGGUUCACGUGAGAGAAUCACUGCAUCAGGCGUCGGAAGGCCCAAGAGAAAAGAUCUAUUGGAGACCGAAUUACAAAGUGGAGUAGGGAAACCUACUUUUUCCAUCACUAAUUCAGAAGUUGAGCCUAGUGAUAUGCCCCGAGAUCUGGUUCUGUGUGAAACCCAUCUUGAUCAAGGCUCAGCUCCUACCUCCAUACCUAAAGAUAUAUUUGAUUACUCACCCAUAAGGCUCGAAGAUAGUACUUUCGAAAAUCUAGCCUUUCAUGAACCAUCACACUCAGAUACACUGAUCUCGGCAAAUACGAUGGAUGUUUCUGAUGUGCCUGGUGAUUUGAAUCACCAUCAUAAAGAAACUUGGGAGAUAACCCCAGACUUGAAGAUGCCUGAUGCUCCAGUACAUUUUGGUGUCCCGCGCCAGCUAGGGCGGACGACGACCGAUCAUCCCAUAGGGAAUGGGGAUGUGUAUGUUAGAUUUCAGACCUUGAUUUUGGUGGAUGUCGAACCACAAUGUCCUGAUGGAGAAGUGGUUAGUCCCGAGGCGUCGUCUAAUGGGAGUUCGAGUGCUGGAGCUGAACCAGUUGUCUGGGAGAUGGAUGAUAUGGAAGCCGGCAAUGAACCUGAGUUUAUGGAGCAGGACGUCAACCAGAUGGGUGAAGCUGAACCGAAGGCCAUGGUCCUGGAUAGAGAGGAGGAUGGGGAAGUUGCAGAGUUAGGCUCGGAUGAGGAGAUAGGUCUAUACCUUGACCUGGAGUUAGAACCGGACUCAGAGGAUGAGAGGACUGCAGCAGAAGACAUGGAUUCUGAGGAAUCUGAGUCUCAGGAGAGUUCUUCAGAGGAGUCCUCAGAGUCUGAUCCGGAUUGGGAGCCCUAG